AAACGUAUGACAGAAAAGCACAUGAAAAAAUUGUAAACUUGUGUUAUAACAAUAACCUGAUAUAAAUGCCACAAGUAACGAAAAAAACACUACACAUCUUAUUCUCCUGCAACUUUUAAUUGAUUGACCAUCACAAUUAUAAUAAAAAUUCACUAGUAUAUUAAAGUAACAACUACAAGUUGGGAUAUUACAUUUCAAAUUUUAUUACAUUUCGCGAGUUAUAUAUGUGUGUAAAAUAAAAUGGGUUACUAUCGCGCUUGGGGAGAUAUGAAGAUGAUGUGUAGUUCUGAAGAAGAGGGUUAUGAAAAUCGUGUUCUUGAGGCUAGAGAAAAGAGAAGAGGCUAUGCUUCGAGCACUUUUGGAGAACCCUCCGUUCCAAUUCUAUCGAUAUCGAUCGACGAUACCGAUCAGCAAUUUUGGGCUGAGGAUGAAUUGAGCAACUCGGAAUCACGACAGAGAUUGACUUCGAGAAGGAAGCGUCGGCAUAGUAUUUCCUAUAGGAAUCGUAGGAACAGAAGCCGAUCCUAUAUACAUGUUCCUCAUUCUUUAAAUUCCAGCUCUGAUUCAACUUGUGCAAAGACAUCGCUUCAAAUUCACAGAAAACGAAGAUGUCAAUGUCAAUGUCAGUUGAAGAAAUUACAAUUCAUGAAUUCAGAAGAGGCAUCAGGUACAAGUAUCAAAGGAACGACAAUAAAUAAAGUAGUUUUUCCAGAAUGUCAAAUUGCAUCUACUUCUGGCCAAAAAUCCACCAAUUCCUAUCCUGAUAAUCAUCAGGCGGGCCUGUCGUCUAUAAAUCAUCGUGAACAAACCGACGAUACGAUAAGAAGGGUCCGAAAAAUCAGAUUAAAAAAAAUCCGUGAUUCGCCUAAGUAUUAACGAAGAGCGAGGUGCUACGAAUAGCAGAGUCAGCCCUUUUUCGUUAUGUUCGCCGCAGUCAGCAUUUGCAACGUGAGGCGGAAGUUCGAUUAUGUGUACUAUCAAUUGUUCACUGAUACGCAAAAAGAACGGCGGAUAAGCGUGUGAUAUUUACGACGUUUGAAUAAAU